AUGGACCGUUCGGUGGGCCUGACAGUGGAGCAGAGAUGGGAGCUGGCUGACUGGCAGCUGGCUGAGAUGCAGGAUGAGAUUCAGAGGAUGAAGGAGGAGACCUUGUGGACUCUUGAUGGUUACAUGACUUUAUUUCUUCAGGCGGAUAUUUGGUGGACUGAUGUUAAGAAAGCCGUCAGUGACUUUGAGGACAUCGUCAGCACCAGCUCAGGCAAGAGAGGGAGUAUCAUAGCUUCGCAGAAGCUACUGAGAUACUUGGCGGAGAGGAACCACCAGAGGGAUCUGCUGAGAGAGAAGUUGUGCUUAAAAAAUUAUUUGCUCGGGGGUUGCAAGAGGAAGCUACAGCAGCAGCUCAGGCAGAAGAUGGGAGAGACCCUCCUUGAGGUCCAUUUGCAGCAGCUUCAGGUUAAAAAUGCCCAGUUCCAGGAGAAGAUUGAUGAGAAGAACAAGACACUGCUGCAGCUAAAACUGACCUCAGGGAAGUCCUCAAGUGAGUGAACCUCCCAACACCUCCGUUUUAGGAAGCUGCAGGACGUGGUGGAAACAUCCGCGUCUCUAAUGAGAGGCAUCUCCCAGAGGAAAGAGCUGCUGCAGAAAACUGAAAGACAAGCUGCUCUGCUGGAGGAGCAACGAAGCGAAGCUGAGCAUGUGAAUUGGCACCUGCGCAAGCAGCUCUCAGACUGUGCCGUUCCCCCUGUGACGAGUUACAUGUGGAAGAAGAUGGCUGUUCCCGACCUCGAAGGCUUGGGAGAGCAAGGUGGCAGCUGCCGAG